UAGAGAUAGAAGGAUCGGUGAGAUCUCCGCACAGAUCCGUAUACUGGAGCCGCACAGCGCCCCCUUCUGAUCACACUCACUCACAUUGGGACCUGCACCCGUUAUUUUUGGAGAUUUCCCCCCACCGCACCCCCAAUUAUCGGCAAUGGAUCCGUUCUAUCUCUGGAUUGCUCUUUUCUGCUCCGGCUUCGCGUCUGGUGGCGCCAUCCAAUGGCUGGGUCUCACCGUUAACGGCAGCUCCGUGGCCUGGAACGAGAGUGAACAUUGCAACCUCCUCAAAGGACUGGUCCCUGACCAGAUGCAGCUUUGCCGAAGGAACCUGGAACUCAUGCAGAGCGUCCUCACCGCCGCCAAACACACCAAACACGCCUGCCAGAUGACCCUCUCCGACAUGCGCUGGAAUUGCUCCUCUAUUGAACUCGCACCUCACUUCACUCCGGACUUGCAGAAAGGGACUCGCGAGUCUGCUUUCGUGUACGCUUUGGCUUCCGCCGCCAUAAGUCACACCAUCGCCCGGGCCUGCGCUUCAGGAGAGUUGCCGACGUGCUCGUGCGGGGCCGCGCCGGCUGAGGUGCCCGGCCCGAGCUUUCGAUGGGGCGGAUGUGGCGAUAACCUGCGUUACGGCCUCCAGAUGGGGUCGGCCUUCGUGGACGCUCCGAUGAAGUCCAGCAAAUUUGGGACGCAAGCCACCAAACUCAUGAACCUGCACAACAACGCAGUGGGCAGACAGGUCCUGAUGGAUUCCCUUGAGACAAAGUGCAAGUGUCACGGAGUGUCCGGUUCUUGCUCGGUGAAGACCUGCUGGAAGGGGCUCCAGGAUUUGCCACAUAUAGCCGAUGAGCUGAAAUCCAAGUACUUGGCGGCCACCAGAGUCAUGCACCGGCAGAUGGGAACCCGCAAGCACCUGGUGCACAAGGAGCUGGACAUCCGGCCCGUUCGGGAAUCGGAACUGGUGUACCUGAACAGCUCGCCGGACUACUGCACCCAAAAUCCCAACCUUGGGUCCUACGGAACGCAAGACAGACUCUGCAACAAAACGUCGGUGGGCAGCGACAGCUGUAACUUGAUGUGUUGCGGCCGCGGGUACAACGCCUACACCGAAACCAUCGUGGAGCGCUGCCAGUGCAAAUACCACUGGUGCUGCUACGUCAUGUGCAAGAAGUGCGAGCGGACGGUGGAGCGAUACGUCUGUAAAUGAAUGCUUUGCACGUUUAUUUUUAUUAUUUUUGGACUUUGAAGGGCGAAGGGCCCCUAAAGGAUUAAGCUGUAAUUGUCGGACGCAAUGCAGGCGAUUGUUGGUUGGCGAAUGACGGGAGAGAGCCAUU